GGUGACGCUUUUGAUCACGUGUUCUUAUCCUAGGUACGUACGUCGUAUUUUCUUUUCCCUUUUCUUUCUGCUCAGAUCGAUUCGAAAUAAACAAGACUAACGAGACUAUUGUACCUUGUUGUAGUGGCCACUGUAGGGCUUACUACUAGCUAUUACCCACGGUAGUUCAAGAAACGGGGUCCUCCCCCUCAUCGCAACUGGAAUAUACAGGAGCCCUAUCUUAUGUUAUUUAUUUAUUUAUAUGGCUAGCUACCUAUUUAUUGUUUGCAUUUCCUUUCCCCGGAACAAGUGAAAGGUAUCUUUUCUGCUAAUUAAAACGCACCUGAAUUGGGUUUCCUGGAAAACGCCUCUGAGGUCACAGAAGGUCAUGUGCCCACACUCUCCCAUACCCAUGGCUGGUGCUUGAUGCUGGGAACUCCAGCUUUGGAUUUUUUGUCGGACUGCACGUAUUUUUGCGUCAGGUGUCUUCGCACAUCCCUCUGUGUUUUUCAAAGCCAUGGCCAGCAAGAGGAAAUCCACCAUCCCUUGCAUGAUCCCGCUAAAAUCAAUGCACUUGCGGGAAGAAGUAGAGCGGGAGGGGGGCCUACCAGACUGUCUGCCGCACCCAGGCAAGGAUGGCGUAUUCCCCUCCGUGGAGGACUCAUUUGGACAGGGCUCCCAGGAGUUAGCUGAGUCCUCCAGGCCUGAGAAGAGCAGUGUCCAACAGGAAGGGGGCACUUACACUUGCAGACCAUGCAAUUUCGAAUCCCAGGACUUAAACCUUUUCCUGGACCAUGUCUAUAGCAGCCAUGCAGACUUCCGGGCAGAGCCAAGCUUCUACUGCUUGGAUUGCAGCGUGUCCACCGCAAAGUUUGAGGGCCUGGCCCUGCACAACGCCCGUUGUCACCCGAGCACCGCGGCCACCACCCUGCAGGUGAAGAAGAGAGACAGGAGGACCAUGGUGGAGCAGAGGUUAGUCACGGGUGAGGGGUCCAAGGAGUCUGAGAUCUCCAUCACAAAGACACCCAUCAUGAAGAUGUUGAAGGGGAAGUCAGAACCCAAGAGGAUUGUCGUGUCCCACAUGGUGGAGGAGUCGAGCCUGGACUCUAUCACCAGCAAGGAGGUAGAGAAGAAAGACACCCCCAUGGUGACACAUGUGCCUACCAUUGUUCACAAUGGAGCAGCCAGUAAGGUCACUCUCCCGUCGGCGAUACAGAUCGUGAACAGUUCUGGGACUCUGCCUGUGCUGAAAACAGCCAUCACCCAGGUUGUGUCCAUGGUGCAGAACCGGACCCUCCACCAGCAGUCACCCAUCAUGGCCUCUUCCACCUCCACCAGCAGCUCCAGGAACCUCCCAAAGGUGAUGAUCCCGCUUAGCAGCAUCCCCACCUACAACGCUGCCAUGGACACCAACAGCUUUCUCAAGACCUCCUUCAGCAAAUUCCCCUACCCCACCAAAGCUGAGCUCUGCUACCUUACUGUGGUCACCAAGUACCCAGAGGAGCAGAUCAAGAUCUGGUUCACAGCACAGAGGCUCAAGCAGGGCAUCAGCUGGUCGCCAGAGGAGAUCGAGGACGCCCGCAGGAAGAUGUUCAACACCAUCAUCCAGACCGCUCCCUCUACGCCCCAGCAGCAGCCGCAGCCACGACAGACCCACCACAACCCUGCCCAGCACACCAUCACCGUCCUGCCUGCCUCCCUGGGUCCCAGUGGCAUCCCCCAAAUCCUGCAGGGCAGCAUCGUAGGGCAGGGAGGGGUGAUCGUCACCCAGCCUGUGGUGGCCAACGGGAUCCAGGUCAGCAGCGCCCCUAUGGCCUUGGCGGUCACCCCCAAGCCCCAGACGGCAGCUAAGCCUAUGAUGCAAGCGCGACCCGCCGCUGCGUUGGUUGCCGACAAGGGAGCCAGCGUGGUGGUGGGAGCAGUCGGGAGCAGCAGUAGUGGCGUCAGUGUUAUUAGCAGCAGUAGCAGCAGCGGUGCUAGCAGUGUUAUCAGCUGCAGUAACAACAAUAUCACUAGAAACACCAGCAUUAUUACCAUUGCUGGAGGCAACAACAGUAGCAGCAGUGGCAGCAACACUGUCACCAACACUAGCAGUAACACUGUCAGCAACAUUGGCAGUAACAUUGGCAGUAACACUGUCAGCAACACUGUCAGCAACAAUGCCAGCAACAACAGCAAAAACAAUAGCAACAAUAACAGUACAGCCAGCUGUACUAACAGCACAGGCAGCAGUAGUAGCAGCAGCAACAACAGCAGCAGCAACAGUGGCAACAGCAAUGACAGCAGCGUCGGCAGCAACAGCAGCAAGGCGGCAGACUCACAGCCGCCUGUCGUCAGCACGAGCCACAGCUCCCGAACUCUCCCCAGCACUUUCCUGGACCCCAGCUUCUACAAGAACAAGAAGUCACAGGAGCAGCUGAGCACCCUCAAGCAGAGCUUCAACCGCAGCCAGUUCCCCGGUCAGGAGGAGGUGGAGCGGCUCACCAAGAUCACAGGCCUGUCAGUCCGGGAGGUGCGCAAGUGGUUCAGCGACCGCCGCUACCACUACCGCAACCUGAAGGGCUCGCGUUCUGCCGCGGGCGGCCCCUUCAGCGGGAACUCUCUCCUCGACCUCACCGACAGCUCCGCCUCCACCGAGAGCCCUAAACCCAAUCAGCACCCACAGAGCCCUCCCCCGCAGCAGCAGACGUCCCCACCCACUCCCUCGCGCCGAGCCCCGCGGCAGCAGACACCUGACUUCACCGCCAUCCGCUACAAGGAGCGGGACCCCCAGCAGGUGCGUGCUCUGGAGGCCAGCUUCGCCCAGGACCCGCUGCCCUCCGAGGAGGAGGUGGACCGGCUGCGGGCCGAGACCAAGAUGACCCGGCGGGAGAUCGACGGGUGGUUCUCGGAGCGGCGGAAGAAGGUGGCGGCCGAGAAGAAGAGGGAAGAGGCCGAGAGGGCGGAGGAGGACAGCGACGAUGUCACCGAGAAGGACGCUGACGCGAAAUGCAACACGCAGGACCCCUCACAAGCGACAUCGCUGAAUCAGAAUCAGGUCAAAGAGGAGAAACAGAAGGAGGACGCCCCCGGCUCCAAGCCCAAAGUCAGCCCCAUCAAAAUCAACCUGAAGAUGCUCAAGGUGACAGAGUCCAAUGGAAAGACAGAGUCUGAAAUCAGCCAUGCAUCACAGGCGGGGAGCCCGACGACACCACCCCCAUCAACCUCCAGCCACGGAAAGAAGACACCUGACCCAUUCCAUUCGCUCAAGCAGUUUUUCACCCACACGAUGUGGCCCACCAGCCAAGAGUAUGAUGAGCUCGCCGCCAAAUCCGGGAUGCCGCGAGCAGAGGUGGUGGGCUGGUUCGGGGACAGCCGCUACGCUCACAAGAACGGGCAGCUGAAGUGGCUGGAGAGUUACCAGCAAAUGGCGGAAGAGGAGAAGGAAUUGGAGGAGACCAAAACUGAGGUACUGAAGGCCCACCUGCUCCUCCAUGGGAAGCUGGAGGAGGAGCAGGUGAAGGGGCUGGCGGAGUCCAGCGGGCUGAGUGAGGAGGACGUGCGGAGGUGGUUCGUCACUCGGGCACCCACGCUGUCAGAGAGCGAGAGGGCGGAGGGAGCUGGCAGCGUGGACUCAGCAGCGCCUCCACCAGUAGCUGCAGCCACAUUACACCAGGACCAAAGGGUGAAGGAGCCAACUGAACAAACGGCUGGCAGUCUGGUCUCGAGCAAGGAACGAACGCUGGCUACUGACGCGCAGUCUGCAAGCACCAAGCAAGGGACAGACUGAGGAAAAAUGACCAGCGAGCACGAGAACAUCUGGGGUUUAAAAAUGGUCUUUAUGGGAAGUGUUUGCGAUGGCGGCAGACGUGACUGUAACAGGAUCGUUGGACCCACCCCCCUACCCCCCUCCAAAGUCUCUUUUUGAAAGAGUACCAACGGGGCCUCCGUCUCAGCAAUUUUUGUGAGAAGCCUUUUUUUUUCCAGGUCGGCCUGCUGCUGACAGAGAGCAUGAUGGGAAGAGGGGGGGCUGGAGCUCCAGCUCCGGCCAAUGGGGAGAGAGCACACAGCAACAAGAUGGAUAUCGACCAAGCCAGUCCUAACGGCAGGAUCACAGGAUUGUUGAAGGAAAGGAUUUUUCAUGAAACUAUGAGGUACAGGAUAGGAACAGCAGAGGGGAGCUCAAUUCAUGACUGACAUUACAAAGAUGUCUAGGAUACGUUUCUUGUAAUUUCUUACAUUUCUAGAAACCAGUACUUUGGCACAGCUGUUGUCCAUUAUCUUGGAUUUUUUUUUAAAUAAAAAGGAAAUCACUGACUAUCAGUUUUACCAGAAUUCAAGCAUACCUAGGCCUGUUACCAUUUUUACAGAUCUCACUAUUUGCAGAAUAAAAUGACAAGAUGUGAGUGAGUUUCUUUUUUCCUAUGUCAUUUUUAAGGCUAU